UCACACCCCGGAGUCAAAAGUUUCAAAAGCGAAACAUUAUAUAUCAGCAUAGGGAACAGCAGUAAAAGAUAAUACUGAUGGAUUAAUCUCUCAAAUAUUUCUUCGUUAUCUGUUGUCGAGCCAUCCAGAUGUGCUGACACACAGACGCUCACCCCUCCCAUUCGAUUCAAAUCUUAUCCGAUGCUAUGCGUACGCGCGCGUAUGUGCGCGACAGGAGCAGAUUUGACAGUAGGCUAUCUCACCGCGCUGCGCGAGAGACCACCGAGAGCAACAAGAACACGCAAACGAGGGUCAACGGGAACCGACAGCGCACCAUAGAGAGCUGACUUGGCACAAAGGAGGAGACGAGUGCUGUGAAAACCGUGUCAACCGCACAGCCAUGGCCUCGAAGCUCAAUCCAAAUGUCCUUUACGUCCGCGAGCCCCGGGAGUCCCUGACCUCUCCGGACCUUCAAGCCGAGGCGGGUGACGAAUCAUCGGACAGUGAUGGGGAGCCUGAGGAGACCUCGCACAAGCUCAUCCGAAAAGUGUCCACUUCUGGUCAGAUUCGAGCCAAGAAGAGUGUGAAGGAGGGUCUUCUGCUCAAACAGACCAGCUCGUUUCAGAGGUGGAAGAGGAGAUACUUUAAACUGCGAGGCAGGACUCUCUACUAUGCCAAAGAUUCAAAGUCUCUAAUAUUUGAUGAGGUCGACCUCUCAGAUGCCAGCGUGGCUGAGACCAGCACUAAGAACAUCAACAACAGUUUCACAGUUAUCACUCCAUUCCGUAAGCUGAUGUUGUGUGCAGAGAGCAGGAAGGAGAUGGAAGACUGGAUCAGCGCUUUGAAGUCUGUGCAGAAAUGGGAGACUUAUGAGGCCAGUCAGUUUAACAUGGAGCACUUCUCUGGGAUGCAUAACUGGUACGCCUGCUCUCAUGCCCGGCCCACCUUCUGCAAUGUGUGUCGAGAGGCUCUGCCGGGGGUCACCUCUCAUGGUCUUUCCUGUGAAGUGUGUAAGUUCAAGGCCCACAAGCGCUGUGCCAUACGAUCCACAAAUAACUGUAAGUGGACCACUCUGGCGUCUAUAGGAAAUGACAUCAUAGAAGAUGAGGAUGGAGUUUCAAUGCCACACCAGUGGUUGGAAGGGAACCUGCCGGUCAGCGCGAAGUGUGUGGUGUGCGAUCGAAACUGCGGUAGCGUUCGUCGACUACAGGACUGGCGGUGUCUCUGGUGCAAAGCUAUCGUGCAUAACAGCUGUAAGGAGCAGUUGGGAAAGGUUUGUCCUCUGGGUCAGUGUAAGGUCUCCAUCAUUCCACCCACUGCACUUAACAGCAUCGACUCUGACGGCUUCUGGAAAGCCACCAGUCCAUCCUGCUCGAGUCCUCUGCUGGUUCUGGUGAACAGUAAGAGUGGUGACAACCAGGGCGUGAAGUUCCUGCGCAGGUUUAGGCAGCUAUUAAACCCGGCACAGGUCUUUGACCUCAUGAAUGGUGGCCCACAGCUGGGGCUUCGUCUCUUCCAGAAGUUUGAGACCUUUCGUAUCCUGGUGUGUGGUGGAGAUGGGAGCGUGGGCUGGGUUCUUUCUGAACUGGACAAACUCAGCCUGCACAAACAGUGCCAGCUGGGCGUGCUGCCGCUGGGCACAGGAAAUGACCUGGCGCGUGUGCUGGGCUGGGGAGGACUGUGCGAUGAUGAUGCUCAGCUGCUGCAGAUACUGGAGAAACUGGAGAGAGCUACAACCAAGAUGCUGGACAGAUGGAGUGUGAUGACCUAUGAAGUGCCCACCAAACAGACUCCAGCUAUCGUAAAGGAGGAGGAUCCAUCAGACUCUCCCUUACAAAUUACACAAUAUGCUGAUUCUGUUGCCACUCACUUGACCAAAAUCCUGGACUCUGACAAACACAGUGACGUUAUAUCAUCUGCUAAGUUUCUGUGUGGAACAGUGAAUGAUUUCGUGGCUGAGGUCGGCAAAGCUUAUGAGCGGGCCACAGAGAAUAAAGAGGAGGCUGAUGCUAUGGCAAAAAAGUGUGCCAUGUUGAAUGACAAGCUGGACUCUUUGGUCAAGGCUCUCAGUGAAGACGCCAAUGCCCAGCUGGUACCAUCCGGGUCCAUCUCACCAGACGAGAGCGACACUGAUCAGUCCAGACCCUUCAGAUCAAGAGAGCAGCUGAUGCUGAGGGCCAACAGCCUGAAGAAAGCACUCCGACAAAUCAUAGAUCAGGCAGAAAAAGUGGUGGACGAGCAGAACAGACACACCCAGGUGCAGAGAAUGCCGUCCUCCUCGUCGAUCAAAAUAGGCAGCAGUGAGGACCUCAAGGAGGCGGAGCCACGUCAAAACACAUUGAGUCCAACCACUACAGCCCCUAUUUUACUGGAGAAGUCAGAGAGCUUCAGCCCUGUGCUUUUCUCUGAAGACUCUGUCCAAUGCACAGAAAAGUGUGUGAUGAAUAACUAUUUUGGCAUUGGGCUGGAUGCCAAAAUAUCUCUUGAGUUUAACAAUAAGAGAGACGAACACCCAAAGAAGUGCAGUAGUCGCACUAAAAACAUGAUGUGGUAUGGAGUACUAGGGACCAAAGAACUGGUGCAGAAAACCUAUAAGAACCUGGAACAAAGAGUCCAGCUGGAGUGUGAUGGAGUGCCCAUGUCCUUGCCGAGUCUUCAGGGCCUUGCUGUUUUGAACAUCCCCAGCUAUGCAGGAGGCAUUAAUUUCUGGGGUGGCACCAAAGAGGACAAUAAUUUCGGGGCUCCAUCUUUUGAUGAUAAGAAGUUGGAGGUGGUGGCUGUGUUCGGCAGCAUGCAGAUGGCCAUGUCUCGAGUCAUCAACCUGCAGCAUCACCGCAUCGCACAGUGUCGGCAGGUGAAGAUCACGAUCCUGGGUGAUGAAGGUGUGCCUGUGCAGGUGGACGGCGAGGCCUGGAUCCAGCCUCCUGGCAUCGUCCAAAUCGUCCACAGGAACCGAGCUCAGAUGCUCACCAGAGACCGGGCCUUCGAGAGCACGCUGAAAUCAUGGGAAGACAAGCGGAAAGGUGAAAGCCGCCCAGCCCGACCCCGACUGAAUUCCCAGCAGUCCAUGGAGUAUCUGACAGAGGAGGAGUGUGCGCAGGUGCAGCAGCUUGGUUUAGUGGCCGACACACUCAUCAACAGGAUUCGGGAGGUGGCUAAGACUCAUAAGGUGGUGGAGCAGGAAUUAGCUCACUCUGUCAAUGCCAGUGCUGCGGUCCUGAGUGAGGCCUUCCCCUCCAAACCCUCCAGUCCUGAGGGUUUGAGUCGCAGUACAGCUGUAGACAUUGUCAACAGCAGUAAAGUUCUCCAGCAAGAGACCAAGAUGCUGCUGGAGGGGAAACUGCUGCAGUGGGAGCCUUCUCAAAAAGAAGAGCUUCUUUCCACGGUGGACAGCCUCAGCGCUGAGUUACUCAAGCUGGAGGACAUUCACUGGAUCUGUCCCAGCAUGCACUGCUCUGAAGAGGACCCAUCCCGUGUGCCAGGGAAAAGCAGUAUGAAGCUGAAAAUCAUGCCUAAGGGGAAGAAGGAGAGAGAGAGGUUACACAAGCAGCGGUCCAGCGGCUCUCUGUCAGGAUCUUGGGAUAUCAAGGGCGGGAUGUGUGAUGUGGAUCCUGCAGGCAACUGAAGAGCCGAAGUGGUUUGUCAUGAGGACCCACUCUGCCACGGGACGCUGCUUUAUGCCCAGUGAGGGAGGACAGGAGAGCCCCUGUGCAGACACAUGCCCCACCCCAGUGUUUGUGCGCAGCCCGGCACUGCAUUACUGAGCUUCUGUUACGUUUCUUCUGCACCUGCGGACGGCAGGCGUCACGGGAAAUGCUCAUCAUCAGAGAGCAGGAAGUGGAUCGUCCAUCAUCUCUCUCUGUUUCCCGUGCGCAACCAAAUCUGUUCGCUUUAUGAUCUUGUUACUUUUUUCUUCGUUUCUUAGUAUUCAAGCCGUCAGACACAAACUACUGUAUAAACUUUCUUUGCUCUUCAAAAAAAAAACAAAAAAACAUUUCUUUGGCCCCGUCCUGUCGCCGCCUGAUCAACAAGAAAGGAACUAACUAAAUCAAACUAAACAAUUGUAUUAAAAUGAAGACGAUUAAACACAUGCAAAAAAGGAAUCUCCUGAUGAAUGAAUGUAUGCUGGACCUGUAUUAUUCGUCAAACUGGCUGAAUAGUUAUUCUGCAUCUAGUCUCUGUAUCUCUCUCCAUCAAAGACCAUCUAGUUUCUGCAUGCCUUUCAUGCCCUUAUGCAGGAAAUAAAGGUCUACUUUUUCUCUUUACUCUCGGAUCGUCAGCCAAGUGUAUCACUAGUGUGUCAUUGAGCCGUCGUUCUAGAAGCUUCAGUGCCGUAACUCUUGUGCCAAGUGAGUAAAUGGAGCGCAGUGGUUUAAAGUGAGCUGUUUCUUUACUUUUUUCUGCAGGGAAAUCUUGUGAAAGAAAGUGAUGCUGUAUGUCGUACAUUUCAAGAUGUAUUUUAUCUCGCCUUGCACUUUAAUAGAGAAAACAAAUGUUUAAAAAAGCAAACUUAAAAGGUUGUGUGUUUGGUUUUAUCAUAUGAAAACUGGUACCCCAUUCAUGGAAACCCUAUGAUGGGAUAUGUUACAUAUAAGACAGUAUAUAAUCCAAUUUAUGAAUGUUUUUCAACUGUCACCCCUUUUCGGGGUCAGUGUGUACAUGGAAACCCAGAGGGAACGCAGAACUUGACCUUGCCUAAUGUGUGGAUCACAAACAGUAUUUAUCAACAGAUGGUACAGUGUAACAUUUUUCCAUAAAAAGAGAUAAUAUACAUGAUACUGGACAACUUAAUUGUUUUCUUGUGAGCCAAAGUCUAGCAGUAUUGCUCUGUAAAAAAAGAAAAUGACAAAUAGGUCUAGAUUUGAAAGUUUCUGGACAGUCUUAAUGCUGAUUGUGCCCCUCAAAGUUGGAUUGUAUUUUUUUUUUAUUAUAAAUUUGCAUGUCUUUGUUUCAAACUUCCUCAUCUGUGAUGAACUGUUGCUGCGUGCUUAAUUUUGAUUGACAUAGCAAACGUUACUUUGACCAUCACUGCGUAUCAGCACAUGGAUUAUGACUUUGGUAAUCAGGUACAAGCGGAAGGCAAUGAUUUUAUGAACAGAAAAUGUAUUUUUUAAUUUUCUCUUUGAACUGAGAAAAAGAACCAAAACAGGUACCAAUCCUCUUCAUUGUCAAGACUACUGUUUACUUUUAAACUGUAUUAUUUAUCCUUU